AUGUAUCUAACCUGGGACACACCCGUAUCUCACCUGUACCUCACCUGGGGCACACCUGUAUCUCACCUGUACCUCACCUGGGACACACCUGUAUCUCACCAGUUCCUCACCUGUAUGCACCUCACCUCUAUCUGUAAGAUCGACGAGGGGGUGACCCACAAGGCGUGGUUGAACCGCUCCAACAUCCUGUUCACGGGGCUCGACAAGUGGUCGCUGGACAAGCGCGUGUCGCUGGUCAACAGCAACACCAGCCACUUCUCCAUCCAGAUCGACCAGGUGCACGUGGCCGACGAAGGGCCCUACACCUGCUCCUUCCAGGCCAACAACAAGCCCCGCUCUACCCAUGUCUACCUCAUAGUACAAGUGCCGGCGCGAAUCGUCAACGUUUCCCGAGACGUGUCGGUGAACGAGGGCGACAACGUCAACCUGUUCUGCUUGGCGGUGGGACGCCCCGAGCCCACGGUCACCUGGAAGGACCAGAAGUUCGGCCUCGUGAGCGAGGGGGAGUUCCUGGACAUCACCGAGAUCCGGCGGCAACAGGGCGAGGACUUUGAGUGCAUCACCAACAACGGCGUCGCCCCGCCCGCCCGGCACAAGGUCAAGGUCACCGUCAACUACGCCCCCUCCAUCACGGAGGUGAAGAACACGCCGGCCCAGCUGGGCAAGAUGACGGUGCUGCGGUGCGAGGCCAUGGCCGUACCCUCCGCUGCCUUCGAGUGGUACCGCGAUGAGCGCAGGCCGGUGGAGGGCGACAAUACCCUGAGCAUUAAGAACGACAAGACGCGCUCACUGCUCAUCUUCAACAACGUGACAGAGAAACACUUCGGGAACUACACCUGCCUUGCCUACAACCGUCUGGGGGCCAGCAACGCUAGCAUGCUGCUAUUCAGGCCCGGGGCGGUCUACGGUCGAGGGACGGUCCACCAUGUUGGUGGGUUCAGUGUUGGGGUUGCCGCGGUGAUCACCUUCUCCAUCUCGCUGCUCAGCAUAUAA